AUGGGAACGGGAAUGGAGACAGGGAUAAUACCAGGAAUGGAGAUGGGAACGAGGACGGAAAUAGAGACGGGAAUAGGGCCAGGAAUAGGGCCAGGGAUGGAAACGGGAAUGAAGACGAAAAUAGAGACGGGAAUAGGGCCAGGGAUGAGAACGGGAAUGAUGACGAAAAUAGAGACGGGAAUAGAGCCAGGAAUGGGAACGGGAAUGAAGACGAAAAUAGAGACGGGAAUAGGGCCAGGAAUAGGGCCAGGGAUGGAAACGGGAAUGAAGACGAAAAUAGAGACGGGAAUAGGGCCAGGGAUGAGAACGGGAAUGAUGACGAAAAUAGAGACGGGAAUAGGGCCAGGAAUAGGGCCAGGAAUGGGAACGGGAAUGAAGACGAAAAUAGAGACGGGAAUAGGGCCAGGAAUAGGGCCAGGGAUGGAAACGGGAAUGAAGACGAAAAUAGAGACGGGAAUAGGGCCAGGGAUGAGAACGGGAAUGAUGACGAAAAUAGAGACGGGAAUAGGGCCAGGAAUAGGGCCAGGAAUGGGAACGGGAAUGAAGACGAAGAUAGAGACGGGAAUAGGGCCAGGAAUAGAGAUGGGAAUAGGGCCAGGGAUGGGAACGGGAAUGAAGACGAAGAUAGAGACGGGAAUAGGGCCAGGAAUAGAGAUGGGAAUAGGGCCAGGGAUGGGAACGGGAAUGAAGACGAAAAUAAAGACGGGAAUAGGGCCAGGAAUAGGGCUAGGAAUGGGAACGGGAAUGAAGACGAAGAUAGAGACGGGAAUAGGGCCAGGAAUAGGGCCAGGGAUGGGAACGGGAAUGGAGACAGGGAUAAUACCAGGAAUGGAGAUGGGAACGAGGACGAAAAUAGAGACGGGAAUAGGGCCAGGAAUAGGGCCAGGGAUAAGAACGGGAAUGGGGACGAAAAUAGAGACGGGAAUAGGGCCAGGAAUGGGGGAAGGGAAUAAGGUCUGGAAUGGAGCCAGGAAUAGGAAUGGGAAUAGGGACAGGAGAAGGAGAAGAACAGUCGUGGGCAUGAGGGUGUAA